AUGCAAGCCAACUCUCGAUCCGCCUCUGAAAAUCAGCUUCGAUCUCAUAAUGCGCGCCCUCAUAAACCUCCCAAUCGAACCAAAUGGAAAAAACCAGAAGAGGAUUUCCUGAAAGCAAACUGCGACGCAAAUCUUCAAGUUAAAGGAUGGUGGGGAUUAGGGUCCAUUAUUCGGAAUGAAAAUGGUCUUGUGAUGGCCUCGGCAGCUUGGAAAAUCAAGGGCACAGAAGAGGUGAUUUUAGCAGAAGCUUUUAGUCUGCUAUCAACAGUUCGUUUAGCCAUAGACUGUGGAUUCAGACAAAUGAUAUUUGAAGGAGACAACGAAAAGGUUUUUCGGACUUUGAAGGAUAAUAAGAUUGAAGAUAGAUCUUAUCUUGGUAGUAUUAUAAAAGAAAUCCAAAGGCUCCAAUUUAGCUUUGACAAGUGUCAAUUCAAUUUUAUCCCUGGAGAGUGUAAUACUACAGCCCAUAGUAUGGCCCAAGUUGCCCACUCUAACCCAAAUAGCAUAUGGAUAGAGGAGGUGCCAACACAAAUUUCUGCUGUAUACUUUAAAGAUCUCUUAAAUUAA